GAGCGAGGCCUGGAUGUAAGUGCAGAUCCAGCUCACGGUUAUACUGAAGCGAGCGGCUGGAAAGGCGAAAAGGAGAAGCGGCUGGAAACACGGCGCUGGUAUGGCGGACACAGCGGCGCAGGGCUCCUCACAGUCCCGCUUACAGCAGCAAGGCCAGAGCGGGGGCUCCGGGAGCAGCGACCCGGCCCGGCCCGGUCUGAGCCAGCAGCAGUGGGCCAGUCAGAAAAAAGCCCAAGUCCGCGCUUUUCCUCGGGCUAAGAAGCUGGAGAAACUCGGGGUGUUCUCGGCUUGUAAGGCCAAUGAUUCCUGUAAGUGUAAUGGCUGGAAGAACCCUCAUCCUCCAACAGCCACCAGGAUGGAGGUUCAGCAGCAGGCUGCUGACUUGAGUGAGGCUUGCCGGAGCUGUAGCCACGCCCUUGCGGAGCACGUGUCUCACCUGGAGAAUGUCUCAGAAGAAGAGAUAAAUAGGUUGCUGGGGAUGGUGGUGGAUGUUGAAAACCUGUUUAUGUCCGUGCAUAAGGAGGAGGACACAGACACCAAGCAGGUCUACUUCUACCUGUUUAAGCUGUUACGGAAGUGUAUUCUGCAGAUGGGCAAACCAGUAGUUGAGGGCUCACUAGGAAGCCCACCCUUCGAGAAACCCAACAUAGAACAGGGAGUGUUAAAUUUUGUGCAGUACAAGUUUAGUCAUUUGGCUCCCAAAGAGAGGCAGACCAUGUAUGAACUGAGUAAGAUGUUCCUGCUCUGUCUGAACUACUGGAAGCUGGAGACGCCAUCUCAGUUCCGCCAGCGUGCCCAGAAAGAGGACGCUUCCGCCUACAAAGUAGACUAUACCAGGUGGCUGUGCUAUUGUCAUGUACCGCAGAGCAAUGACAGUUUGCCGCGCUACGAGACGUGUCAGGUGUUUGGCCGCAGUCUGCUCAAGUCCAUCUUCACGGUGACGCGCCGCCAGCUUCUAGAGAAGUUCAGAGUGGAGAAAGACAAACUUCCCCCAGAGAAACGCACCCUUAUUCUGACUCACUUUCCCAAGUUCCUUUCCAUGCUGGAAGAAGAGAUCUAUGGUGAAAACUCUCCCAUAUGGGAUGCUGACUUCACUAUGCCUGCAAAUGAGGGAGCACAGCUGGGGCCCCAGGCAGUGCUGAGUCCAGUGGCGGUGACGGGUUCUCCUCUGCGUAAAGGCUCUGCUGGUCCUGCUGUAGACACGUCCAUCUCUGAGCCAGUCAUAGGAGAGAAACGGAAGCUACCAGAGGCACUGACAUUAGAGGAUGCUAAGAGGAUCAGGGUGAUGGGCGAUAUCCCGAUGGAGCUGGUCAACGAGGUCAUGAUGACCAUUACAGACCCUGCUGCCAUGUUGGGUCCAGAGACAAGUCUCCUCUCGGCAAACGCAGCACGGGACGAGACGGCACGUCUGGAGGAGAGAAGGGGCAUCAUUGAGUUCCACGUGAUUGGAAACUCUCUCUCUCAGAAGUCCAACAAAAAGAUCCUUAUGUGGCUGGUGGGCCUGCAGAACGUCUUCUCUCACCAGCUGCCCCGAAUGCCUAAAGAGUACAUCACACGCCUCGUCUUUGACCCGAAGCACAAGACGCUGGCUCUGAUUAAAGACGGCCGUGUGAUUGGGGGAGUCUGCUUCAGAAUGUUUCCCACUCAGGGGUUCACUGAAAUUGUUUUCUGUGCUGUAACUUCGAACGAGCAGGUCAAGGGUUAUGGUACACACCUGAUGAAUCACUUGAAGGAGUAUCACAUAAAGCACGGCAUUCUUUACUUCCUCACUUACGCUGAUGAGUAUGCCAUUGGCUAUUUCAAAAAACAGGGAUUUUCCAAAGACAUCAAAGUGCCAAAAAGUCGUUACCUGGGCUACAUCAAGGACUAUGAAGGUGCAACGUUGAUGGAAUGUGAGCUCAAUCCCAAAAUCCCCUACACAGAGCUGUCACACAUUAUCAAGAGACAAAAAGAGAUCAUAAAGAAGCUGAUUGAGCGGAAACAGAAUCAGAUCAGGAAGGUGUACCCUGGACUCACCUGCUUUAAAGAGGGAGUCCGGCAGAUCCCUGUGGAGAGCAUUCCAGGCAUUAGAGAAACUGGUUGGAAACCCAGUGCCAAAGAAAAAAAUAAAGAGCUGAAGGAUCCGGACCUUCUGUAUAAUAUACUGAAGAACCUUCUGGCCCAGAUUAAAACGCAUCCAGAUGCUUGGCCCUUCAUGGAGCCAGUGAAAAAAUCAGAGGCUCCAGAUUACUAUGAGAUCAUCAGAUUCCCUAUCGACCUGAAGACCAUGACGGAGCGGCUGAAGAACCGCUACUAUGUAACCAAGAAGCUGUUCAUCGCUGACCUGCAGAGAGUCAUCACUAACUGCAGAGAGUACAACCCACCCGACAGCGAGUACUGCAAGUGUGCCAACACACUCGAAAAGUUCUUCUACUUCAAACUUAAAGAGAGCGGCCUCAUAGAGAAGUGAUGACACUUAAAGGGGCAGGACACAUCAGAUGAGGGCAUGAUAUAUCAGAUAUACAUGAUUAUAUAGCUGUUUUGAAAAGCAUCAUAAAUCAGUGUAAAAGGGGUAGAGGGCCCAGUUUUGGUGACUAUUUGGUUGCUUAUAGGUGCAGAUAAGAGUGUUUGACAUUAUUCACUUGUUUUGCCCUGUGAACCUGGUAUACAAGGUUAACGUCAUUAAUACAGAUUAGUGCUCAUUUGUAGUGACCGUCCGUUCCAUACUGGUGAUGAAUCCACAACCACAUUGGUGACUUUUAUUUAACUGAGUUAAAGUUACAAGAUUUUCCUUUAUAUUUCUUGCAUCUAAAGCUGAUUAGAUUGAUCAGUCUGUGUGCUGAUUAUUUUCACCCUGCGGUUAUGUCUCAAAUUGAGUUUUCCAGUGCAGACCCAAUACCUUCACUAAUAUUAUGCAGUCAGGAGCAGGAGGGUUAUCAUAUUGUUAAGGACAUGUUGAGUAUCGUGUAUGCUACGUUUCAUAUAGUAUUAUACAUUGGGACUUUUGUUGGCUUCUCUUGUUCAAGUAGAAAUCAGUAAGUCAACCUCAGAAGAUAUCAGUCGGAGGGGAAAAAGAUCGGCAGGUUUUGUUUUAUUUAGCUGAAGCUCAAUAAAAGAGCUAUAACGAGGUCAACUGCAUGUUAACCUGUGAAUUUACUUUAGGGGAUUUAAUUACCUUUUCUUUUUCCUCCUGUUUUCUGGUAAUUUUUUUUAAAUGCUCUUUUUCCUGCUUUCUGUUUGCAUAAUGGAUCUGAUCGGUCAUUAUCAAGCCCUCAAUAAGCUUAAGUAUCUUAGGGCAGUGUGCCUUUAGGACUAAAACUUGAUAACCUGCUCUGAUUUAACCUGACGAGUUUGAUCAAUAUGUUCAGAAUGAAUUCCUGCCUUCUACUGGAUAUCUGUGUGGGUUCUGACCUAAAGCGAUACUAAAUAUGAACGUGAACAUGUGCAGUGUAUUUUUAUAAAUCAUUGUGGUCAUAUUGUGGUUUACAGUCCUGUUGGUACUGGUAGAAAAACUGAUUAUCAGGAUACAUGUGAAGUGUCAUGAGAAUUUAUUAUACUAUUCAGUACCGUUGUCGUAUUGCCCACCACUGGUGUGAACAUAGCAUAGCAGAACUUUCUAAACCUGAGCGUGGCUUUACUUUACCACUGAACAUUGACUGGUUACGUCUGAGGAUGAAAAGAUGCUUCAUUCCACUGCUGACAGGUUGUUGGCACCUUCACGGUGGAUUGUGAAUAAUAGAGAUCAGUGUCACAUAUGGAGAAUCACACACUGAUUUCUGUGUAAACCCACUUUCUGCAGGUGAAAAGAAAUGGUUAGCUACUGCACACAUAUGGGAGGGGUCAUGUGUUAGGUACAGCCAUUCUCGGUCAGGGUCCAGGUCUGCAGCAGUAGAGGAGAGAUACAACAGUGUGACUGGAUACGACUAGAGUGCAAAAAAAAGAGUACAUGCAUAAAUACAAUAAUUAAAAAAAAUGAAUUCAAUCCUCAUGGGGCUGCUCACUUGUGAAGUCAAGUCAGGUGCAGUUCAACAUGUCUUUCAGUUCUAUGAAAUGCAAAAUGUUAAUGUGCUAACUUAGAUGUCACUAAACACAAACUGGAGCACUAGAUUGCAUAUAAUCUAUUAAUGCAUGAUACACAGCUGACAAUGGGGCACUAGGACCUCCAGUGGCUAUUCAUUCUUUGUAAACGUCUUCAUCCCGUUACCACUGGGAGUCAUGGGGAGCACUUUUUUAUUAUUUUUAUUUUCAAAAGGGACAGUUUUUCAUAUGUGCCAUUCCAGCAGUUAUUAUGUAUUAAAAUUAUGACAGCUUAGUUCUGCAGGUCGUGUAGCUGGGAUGCACUGAUUUCACAAAUCCUUUAGUAUUGAUUUCCUUGCUGUAACAAAAGAGUCUCUGAGAGCUUGUGUUGGAUAGUAUUGUGCUUUUUAAUCAUACAUGUAACAAACAUUUGCUGCAAAAAAUACAUUGUCAAACUAGAGGCGUCCCAGGAGAUCAGUAGUGUCUGUACUAAAACAAGCCCCUGAACUCAUUGUGAAUUAUAACUGAAUAUCAUGAUGCUGUUCUGAUUCUGCUCCAGGAAAACACGUAAACAGCAAUUUUACCCGAAAUGGGUAAAUAUAUCAUUCCAAAAUGAUAUUAAAAUCAUGUAAAGCUUAAAAAACAAUCUAAGCUUUAAAAUUGUUUUAAAAAAAAAAGUGUGUCUCUUCUGUUCUGGGAAAAAAGGACCCACCACCAUGACCUGUUACACAUUUCAUUAUUGUAUUUAGUUUUUUUUUUUUCUCAGAUUAUCCUGUUAUUUUCUAUGUGAUAGCUGGGGAA